GAACCGCGUUGGCAAUCCCUUUCCCCAAUUUAAUAAUUGUCUAAAUGCUUUUCUCAGAUUUUAAUCUCCUCAAUUCUUCCUCUUUUCUGCUUCACGUGAGAUUGGGGCCAGCACUCAGCAUCACAGUCCACCACCUCACACCAUUGCCAAAUCAUUUCAAACUCCCCGCCUUCUCUCUCCACGCAUAGAUCACAUAAUCAGAAACCCUAAUUUCCUCUGUCUCUUAGCAGUAGAAUAAUCAUCAACAAUGUCUGACGAAGAAUCUGAUCAACAACUGAGCGAUGAUCAGAAGUUAGAGAUCGCUAAAUGGUUUCUCACUAAUUCUCCUGCUGGUGAAAUCCAAUACAUUUCCAAAGAUAUUAGGUCAGUUUUAAUGGAUGAUGAUUUAUAUAACAAGGCUGCUUCUGAGGCAUUUCCUAUUUACAAUAAAAAUCAUCUCAUUUCAAUAGAAAUGCCCAAUCGAAGUGGAGAUGUUGUUGUUACGACAUUUGCGGAACUUAGUGAUACUGAAUAUCUGGAUCCUCGUACUGCUCAAGUCGCUGUCGUGGACCAUGUCAAACAAGUGUGUAUUGAUGUGAGGCCUGCUACUGAUGACGAGCUUUGCUCUCCGUAUAUUGAGGAAUUUCGAUGCGAUUUGGACGCAGAAAUUCUUAAAUACGUCGGGGAAGCUUAUAAAAAGGGUGUUUGCUCAGUUUACUGUAUUAAUGGGAAAGAUGCGGAAGGACCGGGGCUUGACUUUGAGCUUGCAGUUGUGAUUAAUGCUUCUAGGUGUAGCCCACAAAAUUUUUGCAAUGGCAGUUGGCGUUCAAUUUGGAACAUAGAGUUUAAGGAUGAGUUGCAAGUAGUGGAAUUGAGAGGCAAAUUGCAGGUUGGGGCGCACUACUUUGAAGAAGGAAAUGUACAACUAGAUGCUAGCCAUGAAUGCAAAGACUCAACUAUUUUUCAGUCCCCUGAAGAUUGUGCCCUCUCAAUUACGAACAUUAUUCGUCACCAUGAAACUGAGUAUUUGUCUUCUCUCGAGGGAUCCUACUUAAAUCUGCCAGAUACCACUUUCAAGGACCUGCGAAGGAAGCUUCCAGUCACUCGUACCCUCUUCCCAUGGCAUAAUACAAUGCAGAUAAGCCUUACUAGAGACAUUACGAAAGAACUUGGGAUUAAGUAACAAAACAUCUACAUUAGGAAAGGGGAAAUCUGUUGUUAAUGUAUACUAUGCCAUUGCCCGCCAUCCUAAAGGAAAUUUUUUUUCUAUGUAAGAAUCCCAUUUAUAGUCCAUCCUUUUGUCUGUCACAUGAAUUAUGGUAUCCUGUCACACUUUUGGAGCUUUUGUGAAAUGCCAAGAUGUGGUUUUCUAUAUAGAGUAUCAGUAUAAUAUUUCUUUUUUGAACCAAAAGCGGCUCAAGCAUAAUAUGUAUUGUCAUUUGUCAUGCAAA